AUGCCAGGUCCAUUGCCACCCCCCGGUGCAGCAGCGCUUGCAGCUGGCUCCAAUGCGGACCAACCGUUUAAGGAAACCAUUUUGCAGCUGCUAAACAAUCAACAUACGUUGAUGACCCGCAUGGCAGAACAAAUGGCGAGCAUUCAGGGAAACGUCCAGAACGCCAAUCGAAACGAGUUGGUGCUAGAUUCCCUCGCGAGCAAUAUCACCGAGUUCGCUUACGACCUGGAAAAGGGAUGCUCGUUCGACGCUUGGUUCUCCAGGUAUGCGGAUUUAUUCGAAAAAGACGCCUCCAAGCUGGACGACGACGCAAAGGUACGACUGCUGCUCCGCAAACUCAACCCCGCCGCACACGAAAGGUACACUUCGUUCAUUCUCCCCAAGCUCUCGAAGGAAUUUUCCUUCGACGAAACGGUUGCCAAAUUACAAACCAUUUUUGGUAGCCCCGUUUCGACCUUCCAUCGCCGGUACCAGUGCCUGCAGACGGCGAAGGAUGAGAACGAAGAUUUCAUCUCCUACUCCUGCAAAGUCAACCGCGCUUGGAUGCUGCGCCUGCUUUCGAAAAUCAACGAGACGCAGGACAUAACGCUGGAAAAGGUAGUGGAGGAGUGCAAGAGUUUGAUAAACUUGAAGAAGGACACCGUACUCAUCGGGAGUCAGUCUGCCUCCACCUCCGGUGCUGCUGCAACGCAUGCUGUUCGAGCGAAUUCUCCCAACGGCAACCGCCGUAAGAAGGACAAGUUUGGUGGCAACAAAUCCGACACGCCUAAAACGCCGUGUUGGUCAUGCGGCGGCAUGCAUUUCUCCAGCCAGUGCAGCUUCAAGAACCACAAAUGCCGUGACUGUGGCCGAACCGGCCAUAAGGAAGGCUAUUGUUCCUGUUUCGCAUCCAAGCCAAGCUCCAAGAAGAACAAGGGGAAGCAGCAAAACAAACACCACGCAUCCAAGAUCGUGACCGUGAAAAAUGUGAACCGCAACCGGCGGUACGUGGAGACAGCGAUCAACGGGGUUCCAGUCGACUUGCAGCUGGACUCAGGCUCGGACAUAACGAUCAUCUCCAGGCAGAACUGGAUCAAAGUCGGAGCACCCCAAACGUCUCCCCCCGAUUGUCAAGUGCAGACCGCAUCUGGCGACAGAUCGGGCAUCGAGUCCAUGUUUCGAGCAUCGUACACCAUCGGCGGAACGCAAAAGGAAGGCUCAGACCUCAUGGAUGAGUUUGGGCUCUGGGACGUUCCGUUUUCGUCGUUCUGCAAACUGGUCGGCAGCUCGCAACCAAGCCAGCAGGUGCUCGAAAUGAAGGAGAAGUUCCCCGAAGUGUUCACCAACCGUAUGGGACUGUGCACCAAAACACAGGUGCAUCUCACGCUCAAGCCGAAGCGACCAGUUUCCUACAACAUGGAGGCCGUUGUUGAGGACGAGCUGAAGCGGCUGGAGGAUUCUGGUAUCAUCACUCCUAUCACCUAUGCGGAUUGGGCGGCACCAAUUGUCGUCGUUCGCAAGCCCGAUCGCACCGUUCGCAUUUGCGCGGACUUCUCCACCGGGCUAAACAGUGCACUUGAAUCAAACAACUAUCCACUCCCACUCCCAGAGGACAUUUUCAACCGGAUGGCGCAUUGCACGAUGUUCAGCCACAUAGAUCUGUCGGACGCGUAUCUUCAGGUUGAGGUCGACGAGGAAAGCAAGAAACUUCUCACCAUCAACACCCACAAGGGGCUCUACCGCUUCAACCGGCUUUCCCCCGGUGUCAAGAGCGCCCCUGGCGCUUUCCAACAGAUUAUGGAUGCCAUGCUGAGUGGUAUCCCGUGCACCUGUCCGUACCUCGACGACAUCCUGAUCGGUGGACGAACCGCCGAAGAGCACAAGCGGAACUUGUACCUUGUUCUACAGCGCCUACAAGAGUACGGGUUCACAGUCAAGCUCGAGAAGUGCCGUUUCUUCAUGCGCCAAGUAAAGUACCUAGGACAGCUUCUGGAUUCGGAGGGCACCCGCCCUGAUCCGGACAAGGUGAAGGCAAUCAUCAACAUGCCUCCGCCUCACGAUGUUUCCACACUUCGAUCGUACCUAGGUGCGGUAAACUAUUAUGGCAAGUACAUACGAGAAAUGCGCACCUUACGCCAACCGCUGGACGAGCUACUCAAGGAGGGUUCCAGCUUCCAAUGGUCUGAUGCUUGCCAACGUUCUUUCGACCGUUUUAAGGAAAUUCUUCAAUCGCCGCUCAUGCUGACGCACUACAACCCUCGUCUAGAGAUUGUCGUGUCCGCAGAUGCGUCGAAUGUGGGCAUCGGCGCCCGCAUUGCACACCGAUUUCCCGACGGACAAGAGAAGGCCAUCUACCACGCAUCCCGAAGCUUGACGCCCGCCGAAUCUCGUUACAGCCAGAUAGAGAAGGAAGCUCUAGGUCUGCUGUAUGCAGUCACAAAGUUCCACAGGAUGAUCUACGGAAGGCAGUUUGUUCUCCAAACCGAUCACAAACCGCUCUUAGCGAUUUUCGGUUCCAAGCGUGGUAUCCCACCAUACACCGCCAACCGCCUACAGAGGUGGGCCCUCACCAUGCUCUUGUAUGACUUCCGGAUCGAGUACGUCUCCACAGACCACUUCGGGCACGCAGACAUCCUCUCUCGCCUAAUCAACUCACACGUUAAGCCAGACGAGGAUUUCAUCAUUGCCUCGAUUGAGGUCGAAACAGUCAUCUGCAACGUCGUCUGUCAAUCCAUCGAGCAUCUCCCGAUCUCGUACAAGACGAUAGCCGCCGAGACCAGCCAGGAUCGGACAUUGCAGAAAGUUAUGGAGUACGUGCAGAAAGGUUGGCCAAGCGAUGCAAAAUCUCUCUCCGGAACACCGGAGGUUCAGCAGUUCUUCGCGCGUCGUGACUCGCUGUACGCAGCUCAGAAAGUCCUGAUGUACAGUGACCGGAUUGUGGUGUCGAAGAAAUUACAGCAGAAAGUCCUUGAGCAACUGCACAGAGGACAUCCUGGUAUCGAUCGCAUGAGGCCAUUAGCUAGAAAUUUCGUUUAUUGGCCCAACAUCGAUGACCAAAUCACCGCUUUAGUACGCUCUUGCCAAGAAUGUGCCUCGGUCGCAAAAACUGACACCAAAACAAAGCUCGAGUCGUGGCCAAUUCCCGAAAAACCUUGGCAAAGAGUGCACGCAGAUUUCGCUGGACCCAUCAACGACACGUACUUCCUGCUAGUGGUGGACUCGUAUUCGAAAUGGCCGGAAAUCAUUCCGACCAAGCGCAUUACCACCGCUGCGACAAUUUCCAGUCUUCGAAAAAUCUUUGGGAGAUUCGGAAUGCCGGAAGUUCUGGUGACCGACAAUGGGCCGCAGCUAACCAGCGACGUCUUCGAAGAGUUCUGUGAAGCAAAUGGGAUUAUGCACCUCAAGACAGCACCGUUUCAACCCCAAAGCAACGGCCAGGCGGAACGCUUCGUCGAUACGUUUAAAAGGACCGUCAAGAAAAUCCAAGCGGGAGGGGAAGACCUGGACGAAGCACUCGACAUCUUCCUUACCUGCUACCGAUCAACUCCGUGCAGAAAUGCACCUGGUGGGAAAUCGCCCGCUGAAAUCCUGAUCGGUCGUCCGCUGCGCACGUCUCUGGAACUCCUUCGUCCACCCAGCAAGUUCACCAAGGCUACCAACAGCAAGCAAGAUCGACAGUUCAACGAAAAGCAUGGUGCCAAAGAGAAGAACUUUGAAGUGCAAGACAAGGUGUACGCCCAAGUGCACCAAGGCAACAACUGGAGCUGGGUCGCCGGAGAAAUCGUGGAACGUGUCGGACGAGUGAUGUACAACGUGUGGCUCCGCUCCCACAGUAACCAACUGCGGAAACGCUACAAUGAUGUCAACGAAGUACCGAACCAAGUUGAACCGUCCAUCCCUUUGGACAUACUGCUGGGCGCUUGGGGUCUCAAUCAACCUGAAGACUCCCAUGCAUCCAGUGUAGAACCGCCACCUGCAGAACCGGAAGGAUUCGACGACAUGCAACGAGAGUUCCUGCGAGAGCUAUUCGAGUCAACGAACCAACCACGUCGACCUCGGGUACCAGCUAGAGCAAUCGACCCGGAUGAAGCGCUCCUGCGUCGCUCCUCGAGACAGCGGCAUACACCGGUGCGCUACGAACCGUACCAGCUCUACUAA